AUGACUCUGGCAAGGCCGCUCCGGUCCGUCAUAUUCCGUGUUCGUCAAACAGCAGAGAGGUCAGAUCGUCGGUCCGAUCAAGUCCGCGUUAUGGCUGUCUCAAGAACUAAACCAGUCUCUCACAUCUGGCAAGUCCACGACGUUGGUCACCGUUGUUUUGGCGAAAGCUACGUUCAGGAGAUGAAUGAAAGAGCACCACAGCUUCCAAAAGACAUUGAAUGGUAUUUUAUUGAGCAUUUGCGGAGCAAUAAGAUGAAACAGCUCCUGGCUACAGUCCUCAAUCUGGCCAUGGUUGAAGGUGUAAAUAAUGAGAAGAAAGCAUUUGAAGCGGCUAAACAGCUUCAAUCAAUUGCAGACAACUCGAUUCCCCUCAUGAAUGGACUUGCAGUCCCUGUUUUUGCCUUGAGUUAUGCGUUUAUGUUUGUACUAUGGGCUCGGGUUGCUGCCAUUCCUUACCAGUACAGGGCCAAGAUGAAGAACGAGGCGGAGUAG